CAACUUUCUCAGUACUGCGUCAGUCGUGUUUGCGUUAGGACGUUCCCGAUCCCGGUUUCGAUCGUUUCGAUAUAGUGGGUUUCGUGCGGUGUACGCUUGGUAGCAUUUGAUGGUGUUUGGAGGAUCAGUUUAGUUCACGCUUCGAGAAGAGUGCUGCAUGUGAUUAGUGGUGUCCUACUCGUUAUGUUUUGGUGGUGACUCGCAUAGCAGAGCCGUUUUGGCCAACACUUGCGGUGUAUAUAAAAAGUGCUGAAACGCAGGCCGCCGUCGUUCCGCGCCACCCAAUUUGCGCGGAGGAGUCGCGUAAUGGGCGUUAACCAUGCGCACGGCGCCAAAAUGCCUAAUAAUGAACUUUAAUUGGACAGACUAUAAAGUAGUGUCACAAAGAGUUAAGUUUAACUUAUCGGUCAUACUGGACAAAGUAAGUGAGCGAGAGUUGAUGGAAAUUAAUGAAACAGAAUAAAGGCUGUAACUACCGCCGGACGUUGAUGAACAGUUUAUGCAUAUUUCCGUUGUCGUUUCAACAGCAGUGUCGUUAGUUAAUUCAUGCGUCUCAUUAAAAGCAUGCAACGCCGGCUUGUUUUGCUAGGCGGCUUAGUCGCGAUUUCUUUAUGCUGGAGUACGGGUUCUCUGGACACCGACGAUGAAUACAUGUCAACGCAGCCGCCUCCGCAUAGUAUUUCUGAUAUCUUCACAUGUUGCUCAGAUGUUUAUGGCUCUUGUAAAACAGCGUGCGAAAGCCUACCGCUAGUAAAACUAGCCGCGGACGGGGGUAGCAAAGAGUGGAAAAUGACCGAAAUUAGAUGCAGCUGUCAAUCUGCAGAGUCACUAUUUUGGGAUUGCUUAAACAGCACCCUGGCACAGGUACAACGCGGCCUCAGCUGGCCUGGUCGACUAUGUUGCCCCCUGGGAAUGACACCAAGAUGUCAGCAUGCGUGUGCAAUCGCAUCGAACCAGAACGAACUCCUCGCCGGAUGUCGCCAUAGCGACGAACAGACGAUGUUCAGCUGUAUUCAGCGACAGGAAGACGGUGACAAUUGCUGCGGCCAGGCUCGUACCUCGGAGUGUUUGAUAGCAUGCAAGGAUGUUUUCAGGAACCAAAAAACACCCACCAAGCAGCAAAGGCUGCUGGUGCAGAGCACCUGCAACAAUAACAACAGUAACAUCCUGCAGUGCAUCAAAUCGUACGUUGGAGUUACAGUGAAUUCUAACCUGAAACGAUAUCUCCCAUGUUGUGAUCAAUCGACGGACUACGGAUGCAAGAAAACAUGCAGGGAAACUCUGCUGAACGGUUCCAACACUGAGGAAGAAACCGUUGAUAUUCUGCAAAGUGCAGGUUGCGGAGUUCCGUUACCGCAUGAUCCACUGUGGAAAUGUUUCUUUUCACUCGAACAGCCCAAAUCGGUACCCGUGAACUCGGAGGAAAUCUCUCGCAUCAACCAAGUGGGAAUGGACUCGGCUAAGCUGCACUGUUGCUUGAAGGCUAACUCCUCUAGGUGUCGCAAGUUCUGCGUUGCCACUUAUUCCAACGAGUGGACAACUAACCUGGCGGAUUUCGAGCAUAGUUGCUUGAUGUCAGCAGAGGAACAUAGUUUAAAGCAGUGUGUAGAAGAAGUUGACGAACCAUGCGAGCUUGGUUGUGAUGGUCUGUCGUACUGUAAUAAUUUCAACAACCGACCGACGGAGUUGUUUCGAAGUUGUAGAGCUCAGUCGGACAGUGCAGCUCGCAACGAUGUGGAACAGUGGCGAGAACAGCUGUAUAUCAGCCUGCUGGGAGUGAAUUUACCGAUUCGUAACGUUAGUGAGUGUUCGGGUGAAAGCUGGAAAUCUAUUGCCUGUUCUCUGCAGGUGAAACCCUGUACGCGUAGUUACCAUACCAAUCGAAUCUGUAGGGAGGACUGUUACGAGGUGCUUGGAAGAUGUAUUGAUUGGAAUCGAAUAACGACGAAGCACUCGGUAGUUUCGUUGUGUCAAAUUUUCUCUCCGGAAGAUAGCAGUGAUCAUGAGUGUAUAGCUUUGAAGCACUACCAAGAACCCAGUGACGUUCCUCAGAGAAACACGGAUGUAGCGCUAGUGUCACCCUGUAAGGGGAACCCGUGUAAUUCUACCCAAGUGUGUGUUAUCAAAAGGGACGGAAGUUACGGUUAUGAAUGUGUGAACGGUUGCCCCAUGGGAGAAGCCUCAGGUUAUUUGGUACCGGAAGGAACUUUUGUUCGGAUUCCGGUUUCCGUUACCAUGAAUGGGUGCCUCAAAGUGUGCCGCUGUGGAGCAUCGGGAAGAAUUGAAAAAUGUCAACCUCUUCCCUGCAUUAGUUACGAUUCCUGUAGCUUAGCGGGAAAGCGUUUCCAACACCUGUCGUUUUUCUACGUGGAGUGCAACAUUUGCAGUUGUUUUGCGGGGGAAAUAACCUGUACUAAAAAGCAGUGUCGUGUACUGGGAGUGACAUUUAACCGAUCGUUUACCAGUUUACCGUGCAAUUGUCCACCGUAUUACGUUCCCGUGUGCGGUCGUAAUGGGAACACAUACCCUUCGGCGUGCAUUGCUAAGUGUUCCGGAAUACAGGAUGGCGACAUUACAUUUGGACCCUGUCGUGCGAGGGACCCCUGCGACGGAGUGAACUGUGGGCCACUGUCGGUGUGCAUACCGGACAGAAACGUUUGUUUGUCCAGUAUGCAUAGGCCCUGUCCGCAGCAUCGUUGUGUCAGUCUGGCCUCGACAAAUUGUUCUGUACUGACAUCGAUUCGCGACACCAAGCUGAAUUUCUAUCCAACGAUCUGCGAUCUCGCCAAGUCUGGAGGAGUGUUCGCCUAUCAGGAGAAGUACUUCAAAUUCUGCGAAACGUCUCACAAGUGGACACAGGUUUGUGGUGUUAAUGGAAUUACCUAUCGAAGUGAGUGUGAAGCGUGGAGCGACUUUUCGACUGUCGAUUAUAACGGACCCUGCCAGGAAGUUGGUGUAAUCGACUCCCAGCUGGAGGCAAAGUGUUCAUCGAUCAAGUGUCCCCGGCGGAAAUCGCUCGAGUGCAAUUUGGUGAUACCACCUGGUGCUUGUUGUCCCGUUUGUGGAGCUGCUGUAAGGAUAAUUUAUUCCAGGAAGCAGGUCGAUCGAGCAUUGUACGCGUUGAAGGGAAAGGAUACGGAAACCCUAACACUGAAGGGUAUGCUGCGAUCGCUCGAGCGAUUGCUGCAAACAGUGGAGUGUCGGCUAAGUGGCCAGUUAACGUUCGAGAAUGAUAUUUUUGUGAUUGUUGAAAACGUCAGCUACCGUCCAAAUGAGUUACAGGAGGAAAUUUGUAUCCGUGAAGCUGAGAGGCUGGUUACGUUGAUUCGUACCCAAAGCCACCGGAUCUCCACCGAGCUGAAUUUAAGUGCACUCACUGUUGCCACCCUUGUUCGGUUGAAUAGUGAUAGUGGAACAAGUAGAAUUAGUUUAUAUCCCAAAUCUAGUAUGGCUCUUGUGCUAAUAGUUUUGUUUGUUUGUUCAUUUCAAAAGCUAACAGCAAUGUUAGAACAUCAAAUGACAAUACCAAACAUCUGUUGAAGAGAAGUCUGUGAUAUUUGUGAAAUAGUUUUAACAACCAAAGCGUACAGUAGAUAGGUGAUAAAAGAUGCAAUAAAUUUCUAGUCCAGGAUUUUGUUACGAAA